AUAUGGCUUUAAACAAUAUUCAACUGUUUUAAAAUUGUUUUUCUCUAAGGUAUGCAACCAUAUACACUAUGUUUCCAGUCUUCUCUUUAGUGUUGGAUCAAGAUGUAAAACCUGAAAUGGCACUAUUGUAUCCUGAACUUUACAAAGAUCUUACCAAGGGACGAUCAUUGUCAUUUAAGACCUUCCUCAUCUGGGUUUUAAUCAGUAUUUAUCAAGGUGGCAUUUUGAUGUAUGGAGCCCUUCUGCUUUUUGAAUCUGAAUUUGUCCAUGUUGUUGCCAUUUCCUUUACGGCACUGAUCCUGACUGAACUCUUGAUGGUUGCUCUCACUAUACGCACCUGGCACUGGUUAAUGAUCGUGGCUGAAAUCUUCAGUCUUUGCUGCUAUGUAGCUUCUCUUGCAUUCCUUAAUGAAUAUUUUGGUAUAGGCAGAGUGUCUUUUGGAGCUUUCUUAGAUGUUGCCUUUAUCACAACAGUGACCUUCCUAUGGAAAGUGUCAGCCAUCACCGUAGUAAGCUGUCUUCCACUUUAUAUUCUGAAGUAUUUAAAACGUAAAUUUUCUCCUCCAAAUUAUUCCAAACUUACCUCGUAAAUAUGACAGAACACCUGUGUUUUUCAUCAAUACGACUUCCGCUAGAAAUUGCUUCAAGUGUACUCAUUCUACUUAAAUCCGUGAUAGAUUAAACAAACGAGGGGAAAUGAUUACAAGAAAUAUGGAGCAAAACAGAGCACAAAGAGGAUGAAGAAGAUGGAUACUUCUGAUAAGUAUUACAUCAAACUUGAUUGACAUAACUAUCGAGUACAAAAACACUUCAUUUUGUAUGUGGCUUUUUAACAGUUUGAGUUAACAGUGCUUCUGAAUUAUAUAAUUGCUACUGUAAAGGAUUUAUUCCUACUGCACUAUUUUUCUGAACAUGAAUAGAAGACGUUGUUUCCUAGGCCUUCCCAAUUUCUUUUGUAGAAAUAUUCCCUCCCAUGUAAAGUAUAUCAUGCCUAGAAACUGUAAAGGUCAUUGUCUCUACUUGCUGCUCUAUGUAACUCUGAUAUAUGCACUGUAUGAAUUAUGUACAGCUGUCUGUGUAGCACAGUAUUUGUUUGGGAUCAGUGGUCCUCUUUUUUAUAUAUUCUCCAUUACUAACGGCAUUAAAGGAAUCUGAAUAGCCGAGGAAUCGACAGCAGCCUUUUAACUGCAAAUGGAGACUGGGUUGCACAAAAUACUAUGAAAAUAAACUUCUGUACAUAAUUAGAUUACAUCUACCAUCCUGUACAGACCACUGUAAAAUUAAUGUUCAGCAAAUGUUUUACAGGCUCCCUAUCUGCUUCAUAAUUGUAAAACUGCACUCUAGAAGUGUCAGCACAUCACCAGACUUUUCCCAUAUAGAGGUUGAUUUUGUAUGAAAAGUUCAGCAACAGUGCGUCUGCUGCAGCCUUCAUUUAUUUUACUGGCGGGAUAUACAAAAGCCAUUUGGAAAUGACUGGAGGUUAUGCAGUGGCCAUGCCUUAGAGAUCAGGGCCAAACAAUGAAACAGUGAACAACUAUGGACACAGACAUUCUCCCAGGACCUGUGCCCAGCUCCCCUCCCUGCUGAUACCAAAAGAGGGCUGAUUCACCUGUUUUCCUCCCGAUUAUUUUGGUUGAUAUGAAUGAUGGUCCCCCACAUUUCAUGUGAGCAUAGGCUGCACCUAGAGCUCUGAACCAGACUAGUAAAUGCACAUUAUAAUCUGUUUACUUAAGGUAACUCAGGUAAAAAAAAGAAUGACAUGGGCAUAAUAGUGGUAGAAAAUCUAUCAUCUUCCAGAAUAUGAUUUUGUGUACUUUUGAGUUUCUACAAAACAAGAAUAAAGUAAAAUGACUCUCCUUGGUCAAAUGUAAUCUUAAUAGUUGUCUAAUCAUAUGUACUGUAAUCUAGAAUAUUUUCCUUUCAUGGUAUUAUUUUCUUUUUCAAAAGCUACAUGUGCAUAGCAGCUCCAUGUAACCUGGUACUUCUGAAACAUAGAUAUAAAUUAACCAUGUUUCUUUACUGGGCAGUUAAUGACUGCAGUUAUCAAAUCAUUUUUGUUAGCCCGAGUCACAACAAAGCUCACUGUAUUUCAUCUUGUACAACCAUAAACUUAUACCACGGUUAAUUUAAAAGGAUGCUAAAUUGAAACACUUCCAGAAAAAGACUGUUGUUGAACUACUUGAGUUCCGAUCUCCUUUGUUUUGAAGAUAUUUAAUAGUUAAUCUUGCUUUUAAAAUGUUUUGAGCCAUUCUUCAUUAUAAAAGCAAUAAAAUUUCCUUUCUACCAAAUGUUUUUGGAAGUUUGUCAAAUAAACUGUAUUUGAUAUCAUUUAUUUUAUA